CGUCGCGCGUCGACAAUUUGACCCCUCCUUUGAUUCAUUCCCUUUAGGACACCGGACCGUACGACGUCAAACCACAUCACUCUCCCUACCUGCUCCUCUCCCUUCUUUUCUCUUCUCUUCUUCGCUUUCCCCCUCAGAACCAGACGGCGUGCUCGGAUAUUCAAGACUUUCGCAGAGAGAGAGGAGGAGUUGAACCACACGCUCAUUUUCACAGCAGGCUGCUCGGUGAGGAUCUCGCUGGACGGGGCCCUUUCUAUCCCUUCGUCCACCAGCAAAGAAAAGACGACAAAGACUCAGGAGAAAGAGAGGCGGCGGAGCCUUCACUGAGCCAUGGCGCCUUCGAGGAACGCGACAUUUGCAAAGUCAUUUGUGCGCAAGCCGAAUCGAGGAGGAGGCCAAGAUGCUUCAAUACCGAUCCAGAGCGAGGCGCCGCCGCCGCUUCGACAGCCGACCAAGAUUGCACGCGCAAAGACUUUGACGAGACCAGAGCGAGGCCAGCCCCAGGUACCACUCAUCAACCCAGAAGGAACGGGAGUCGGGGGGAAUGUCAGCCGACGAGGACGCGCGACAUGGCGCAUCUUUAGCAAAUGCAUCACUUGCUGGGCGCCUGGGCCAUGUCUCAAGACCUGCGGCGGGCUCAAAGACAAGGGCAGCCAACAGGCAUGGAGGGAAAAAGUGGCUCUUGUGUUCAUUGCCCUGCUUCUCGGUGGUUUCGUCGGCUUCGUCACCAUGGGCCUCAACAAGGCUUUGUGCUCACCGUCACAGCAGGCCUUGCCCAACCAGCUGCAGAGAGUGGGUAAGGGCUCGACCUCUUCGGUUGGAAUCAACGGACUCGAAUACAAUGCGACAAGUGCGCUCUUCCCCGACGCUGACGAGGUUGGCUACAAUAUGUACACCCGGUCUGGCAAGGAGAACGGGUACGACAUCACUCCACUGUUCAAGCGCGAUGCUGCCACCUUCUUCCCAGCAUGCACCGGCCAGACCGGCCUCUACGCGACAUCUGAUCUUUGCAAGCAGCAAGGGAAUCUGCCCUCGUGUCCCAUGGGCACCCUCGACGAGACCACAUUGCAGAAAGCAAAGCUUGUGAAGACCGACUUGAAAGUCGGCUAUGCCUGGGACGACCUGGGAUCAGGUGCCUUCUCAAACAUCAUUGUCAUCAACGGCAAUGUGCUCAACAUGCAGCCGUACAUCAACGCCAAUCCCACGCCGGUCACAAAUGACGAGGUCGACACUGCCAUACGCAAGACGCUGAACCUCGAUAUCGUAGGAGGACGGGAUGCCACCCGGCAAUUCUACACAAGCACUACGCUCAAAGCGGCAGUCCCUUGCCUCGAGCAGAGAUAUUUUGCCGGCCACAUCGACAAGGUAACUCCCGGCUGCUUCAUCUCAGACCUCUUCCUUUACAUUUCCCUCGUCAUCAUCUUGGGUCUCGUCUUCAUUCGCUUCUUCAUGGCCAUCUGGUUCAGCUGGUUCAUGAGUUGGCGCAUGGCCGCACCUCCGAAGAAUCUCGACUACGGCACGGGUCGAGUCGCUUUCAGUCAGCUGCCUGCGGGUGCCAUGUCGACGAUCGACCAGCCCGGCGCAGCGCCCUGGGCGAACAAGGAAAGGCCACCGCCGCCCUCUGCACCCCGUCAGAGGCUUUCGCCAGGCUCUCAUAGCGCCGGCACGACGAGGGUAGUCAUUGGAAACGAACCAUACGUCGUGUGCCUUGUGACCUGCUACAGCGAGGGAGAAGAGGGCAUAUCGACGACGCUCACGUCACUGGCUGAGACCGACUAUCCAGACUCAAGGAAGUUACUUUUCGUUGUGGCCGACGGCAUGGUUACUGGGUCAGGAGAAUCGCUCUCAACACCCGACAUCUGCGUGGGCCUGCUUGAUGCGGAUGAGCGCUUCGGCACGCCGAUGCCGAUGAGCUUCAUCAGUGUAGCUCAGGGCAGCAAGCAGCAUAAUAUGGCCAUGGUCUAUGCGGGACACUACACGAAAGGAAAGGGACAUCGAACGCCGAUGAUCAUCGUCGUGAAGUGCGGAACGCCUCAAGAGGCAAAGGACGGCAAGCCAGGCAACAGAGGCAAGCGAGAUGGACAGAUGAUCCUGAUGAACUUCCUUCAACGGUGCACCUACAACGACCGCAUGACGCCCCUCGACUUUGACCUCUUUCGAAAGUUCCACGCUCUGAUGGGCGUCACACCCGACUUUUUCGAGCUCUGCAUGAUGGUCGAUGCCGACACAAAAGUGUAUCCCAAGAGCAUGCGGACGCUGUGCAACGCAAUGAUGCGGGAUCAUAUGGUCAUGGGCGCAUGCGGCGAAACGCGAAUCGCCAACAAGAGGUCGUCCUGGGUCACGGCUAUCCAGGUAUACGAAUAUUUCAUUUCGCAUCACAUGGUCAAGGCUUUCGAGUCGGUCUUUGGAGGCGUCACCUGUCUUCCCGGCUGUUUCUCGAUGUAUCGUAUCAAGGCUAGAAAGCCAAACGACGACGACUGGGUUCCUGUCAUCGUCAAGCCGGAGGUGACGCGCGAGUACAGCCAGAGUGUCGUUACUACGCUUCACCAAAAGAACCUCCUCCUGUUGGGCGAGGACCGGUUUCUGACGACCCUCCUCCUCCGGACAUUCCCGAACCGCAAGAUGAUUUUCGUUCCUCAGGCACGGUGCCGAACAGAGGUACCUCACACAUUCAAGAUGCUUCUUUCGCAGCGCCGGCGUUGGAUCAACUCAACCGUGCACAAUCUCAUGGAGCUGGUUCUUGUACGUGACCUCUGUGGCACAUUCUGCUUUUCGAUGCAGUUUGUUGUCUUCAUGGAUCUUAUCGGAACCGCGGUGCUGCCCGUCGCCAUCUGCCUCACCUAUACCCUGAUCGCCUCGUACAUCAUCAACCCACCACACGGCUUCACCCAGGCCAUUCCUCUGAUGCUUCUCGUCGCCGUCAUUGGUCUGCCUGCGGUGCUCAUCCUUUUGGCGACGCGAAAGGUCGUCUACACCAUGUGGAUGCUCAUCUACCUCAUCUUCCUGCCCGUCUGGAACUUCAUCCUGCCGGUCUACUCCUUUUGGCACUUUGACGACUUCUCAUGGGGAGAGACGCGGAAAGUCGAGGGAGAGACGAAGGGAGACGCACACGGAGACUCUGCUGGCGUUUUUGCUGCUGCCAGCGUGCCGCUCCGACGUUGGGAGGACUGGGAAAGAUCAAGAUUGAAGCGUCAGGCCCGGGAGGAGAAACGCCGACGCGAGAUGGAGAAGCAAUUUGGCGGCGGCUUCUACAACGACAUUGACAGUCAGGGUCAGCAUCUACACCCAGCGCCCGCACUUCCCAACCACAUCAAGGGAAGGCGAGGAAGCGACUCAUUCAGCGAUGUGGCGAGUAGCGAAGGCGGCGACGAAGAUGUGUGGGGCCACCACAUCGGCGCUUUCAACGAAGAGGCCCCGCCCCCGCUCAAGAUCCAACGUCAUAGUGUGUGGAUUGAUGGGCAAGAAGUGGUCGUGGAGCAAGACGACAUGGAGAAGAUCCUCAAUCAAGGAUGGAACGACGACAACGAUGGCAUGAAUCGGUCGGGUCCCCCACUUCGGCCUAGUGCUUCUCUUGCACGUCGCAAUGACCGUCAGGCAUUUACGCCUGCCGUACCCCGCAUCCCUGACCAUUAUUCCCAUCGACCUCCCCCGCCUCAACAACCGCGCCCGCCAAACUUGCAACAACAGUACAGCAAUCACAGCCCCUACCAAAACAACAACCAGGCGCUGAGCCCCUUCAGAGGUCCACUAAGCCCAGGCGUGCUGGUGGAUCGGACGCCAAGCCCUGCGUACGGUGAGGACGUGAUCCUGCUGAGGGGUGGUGGCGGACCUGGUUCGCCUUUUGACUCUGGCUUCUUCAACGAUGGUUCCUCGCAUUCAAGCUUGAGCCUGGACCGCGAACGAGGAGCAUCGACAGCCAUCGGUGCAGCGCAAUCGCAGAGUCACGCCCGCAACCGAAGCUCGGGCACCCACAACUUCUCAGGAAAUGGCGGACCACACCGUGUUUUCUAAUCAUUUCUCUCGCACACACUUCCUUGACUCUCCAUCUUUCAGCACGCAUCUACCAUCAAAACAACCACACAGACACUGGCUCACACGUUCCCUACACACCAAUCUGUAUGAUAAGUCGUCUCUCUCUCUCUUUUCCCCGUCAUUUGGGUGCUUCUAGUCCUUGUCUCUCUUUGGGAUCUCCGCUCUUUGUCAAGUCUUCAUCCCUAUCUCGUCGAUUCCACCUUCAUCCUCCUGCGCACCUCGUGUUAUUUACCCAACUCACCCCUCCCCCGCCCCAUCGGUCUGCUCCUGUCUUAAGGGAGCACUGUUCUUUGACAUCCUAUCCCUCGGUUCAAUGUGGAAACACAGUAUUUCUCCGGGU